UCAAAUAGUGCAAGGACUAUUUACUCAACGAUUCAAUUGUAGGUGUGGCUUUCCUUUCUAAUCAGCAUAUAUUAAUUGAAUGCACGUGGAACCUAAACAUAUCUACUUAGCAUUUUAUCACCAGAAUAGAUAUUUAGUAACGUAAUUCACCUUUUUGAAAUAUUUUGGUAUCGUUUCAUUAUCAGAAAGUUAUAAAUAAGGGUGCACAAAAUAUUUUGAACAAAAUUUAUCAAGAGCAGGUUACAAGUAUGUGCUAUGGAAACCCGAAAAUUAUUUUUCUCUUGUUUUCACUCCUUUCUUGGGAGUCUGUGACAGGUUAUUGUAAUACCCAAAACAGAAGAAGCGCGACUCCCAUCAAUGAGGUUGACUAUUUAACGAAUCUGAUAGAGACUGCUCAGAAGAAUGCACUCACCUACCAAUUUCCAAAGAAUGCUGACAGAUACAAACCAACUGACGAAAAUAAAAUUGAAGAUUUUGGAACAUACGACUUUAUCAUCGUCGGUGCAGGAGGAUCCGGUACUGUGGUUGCAAGCCGAUUAUCAGAAAAUGAAAAUUUCAAUGUUCUACUGCUGGAAGCCGGAGACUUUGGAAAUAACUUCACUGACAUUCCCGCCAUGUACUUUCCUGUUGAGUACACCGACUAUAACUGGGGAUUCUUCAGCACUCCACAAAAGACUUGCUGCUUGGGAAUGGUUGACAAAAAAUGUCCGCUGCCAAGAGGAAGAGGAGUUGGUGGCUCUACAUUGAUUAAUGGUGGAAUAUACGCGAGAGGCUCAAGAUUAGAUUUCGAUAGGUGGGCAAAGCAUGUGAACGACUCUACGUGGUCAUAUGAAAAAGUAUUACCUUACUUCAAAAAAUCUGAAGAUUUCCACCACCGCGAUAAAGCAGCACCAGUUUAUGAACCAGUCCAUGGCAAAGGUGGAUUAUGGAACGUGGAAUAUCAUCUACCCAGAAGUCCACAGCUGAAUUCUUGGCUAGCAGCAAAUGAAGAACUGGGUUAUGGAGUUGCAGAUUACAAUUCCGGAACAGGUCUUGGAGUCUCUCCCUUUCAGUUAAAUACGAUAAAUGGUAGACGACUAGAUGGAGGGAAAGCUUUUAUCCAUCCGUUCCUCGGAAGAAAGAAUUUACAUGUAGUGAAAGAGGCAUACGUCACCAAAAUUCUGAUAGAUCACAUUCGUUCAUCUGCAGAAGGGGUUGUUUUCACCCUGCAUCACAAAAAAUAUACCGCUAAAGCUAGCAAGGAAGUCAUAAUGAGUGCAGGAGUGUUUCAAACUCCACAACUCCUGAUGUUAUCAGGCAUUGGCCCCAAGAAACAUUUGGAGUCUUUGAAUAUACCUGUGGUGAAAAAUUUACAGGUUGGUAGUUUUCUAAAGGACCACCCUACGUUUUAUGGUGUCGUCUUCGGUUCGAACUAUACGGAACCAACCAAACCACUGAAAGAACAGGUUGAGGAGUACUUGAGGGGUUACGGAGCACUAUCUCUAUCUGGAAAUAACCAAGGAGUUGGAUUUUUCGAAUCAAAAUUCACAAAAGGUACUGGGUAUCCGGAUAUAGAAAUUGGAAUGGUACCAGCUGUGGCUAUAAGCGACUUAUCACAACGGACUUUCUCACUAACUGAUCAAACUUAUGAGGAUCUGUGGAAGCCCAUGAACACAUCCCAAAGUUAUAUAACUUACGUUAUUUCACUCCAUGCAGAAUCUACUGGAACUGUGAGAUUGAAUAGUUCGGAUCCAUAUGAAUACCCAAUAGUGGAUGUCAACUUUUUAUCCGACCCCAAAGGCAAGGACAUCGAAACUAUUUAUGAAGGAGUUCAGAUCUUGAUGAAUCUUUCCAAAACACAAGCUUUCCAGAAGAUUGGUGCUAAACUCGGAGGUAGACAGUUGAAAGCUUGCAAAGAAUUCGAAUACUUGAGCAAACCUUAUUGGUACUGUGCUAUAAGACAAGUGACCAUGAAUAUUUACCAUCCAGCAUCGACAUGUCCCAUGGGAAAUAAUCCGGAAAGAGGUGAUGUCGUAGACUCGCAUUGCAAGGUUCAUGGAAUGAAGAAAUUGAGGAUUGCGGACGCAAGCGUCUUUCCUUUUUCAUUGGCUGGUCACCCCACUGCCGCAGUGGUAAUGGUUGGAGAAGUAGUGUCGGAUUUGAUAAAAAAAGAGUAUCAAUAAUGUUCCAUCACUAGUUUCAUUAUUAGUUUUAGGAGUAGGUUUGAUGUCAACUGAAAAUUGAGAAUGAGUUACUUUGUUUCCCGGUAGUUGAAUAAAAAUGUUCACAUCAUCA